AUGUCUAUCCUCAAACUACCCCCCGAGCUCCUCAUUAGCAUCGCAGAAGCUUCAGAAUGUCGCGAUUUGAAUGCACUUCUUCAAUGCCACUCUUAUCUCUACAGCACACUUAACAACUACCUUUAUCAACUUAAUGUACAGCAGCACGACGCAUCUGCGCUGUACUGGGCGGCCUCUUCCGGAUCUGAUAGUACCCUUCAGCAUCUUCUCGACGCCGGGGCAAACGUCCAAUGGGACUCUCAAUAUCUCGCCUGCUCCGUACAAAAAAGUGGAACACGGAUACGUUGGCCAAUCCAAAUAGAAAAGAUGAAGGAGCAUCCGAUCUCCUAUGCAGCAGCUCAAGGACACCUCAAGAUCGUGCAGCGUCUUCUUGAUCUAGGUGUCGACAUCAACUACCGAGACCGUGACGGCUUAACGCCUCUUGCUCUCGCAGCACGGGAGGGUCAUUUUGCUCUGACUCAGGCACUCAUAGACCAAGGCGCAAAACAACUGUCACACGACACCGAGGGUAGAUACCCACUUGCCCAAGCGGCAUCAAAUGGUCAUCACAGUGUUGAAGACUACCUGUUUAAAGAGCUACGCCAAUACCGUUACAGCAAGACAAGCCCUGAGUUAGAUCUCUACUGGAUGUUGAAAUACGCUGCAGAACGCGGCGAUGAAGAUCGUAUACGAUACCUUCUCUCCCAGGGCGCCGAUGUCAACUUUCAACUGCCCCUAGAGAGUCGUUCCCCUCUAUGCGGUGCACUCGAAUCUGCUCCACACCCCAUCAGUACGGCUGAACUAUUAUUGGAAAAUGGAGCCGACCCAAAUAAGGAGGCUUCUCCAUCCAAAAUCGCACAAGCGGGAAGACAAGCACGGUCACAGUCACCGAUCAUGCUUGCGCUUUGUCGGGAGGACAGCUAUCGUCUGAUUAAGAUGCUGAUCCAGUACGGCGCAGACGCAGGAACACAAAGCCAGGCAUUAAUGACAGCAUUGCAAUAUGAAAAGGCUGUUGAAUUUCGAUUCCUGGUAGAGAAUGGGGCAAGUCUAUCUGCAAGAUUUCGUAGGACAUCUGUCGCUUCUAUGGCGAUGAAAUCCGGGUUUCAACCCAUUAUCGAUAUUUGUCUCGAGCAUGGGAUUGCCCCUGAUAUGAAUUCCUGA